AGUUCGGCUUCCUUAGCUGCGGGGAGCUUGGCCAGAGGUCUGCAGCUGCCGGGUUCUGGCCUCGGAGGUCGCGGGUUCUGCUAUCCCGAUUCGGUUGUGGCGGUCGCGAUGUUUUUCUCUGAGGCUGGGACCCGACCACGGACGUGGGAAGCCAGCCCCUCAGAACACAAGAAGUGGGUGAAAGUGUUUAAAGCAUGCGAUGAAGAUAACAAAGGCUAUCUAAGCAGAGAGGACUUUAAAGUGGCUGUUGUAAUGCUGUUUGGGUACAAGCCCACCAAGAUAGAAGCUGAUUCUGUGAUGUCUUCAGUAAAUCCAAACACUUCUGGCCUAUCACUUGAGGAGUUUUUAAGUAUUGUAAGAAAAAAGAAGGAAGUUCAACUCCAUCGGAACGAGAUUAGACACAUCUUCACAGCUUUUGACAGGCACUACCGUGGAUAUUUAACAUUGGAAGAUUUCAAGAAAGCAUUUAAGCAGGUGGCUCCCAAGUUAUCAGAACGGACCAUUCUGGAGGUAUUCAGAUCACAGAAUUGUGGCAUCGAAUGGUGGCAGAGUCUUGAGACGUCAUGUACACCAUCUCUCUCAUAGCUAAGAAGAUGGAGGUCAACGAACUUAAUGGCUUACCCAAGGUUACAGAGACCUGGAUCAAAACUCCGGUCUCCUGACUCCCAAGUCAACGGCUGGCGUGUUCUUUUUCUGUCCUAACUUCUACACAAGGAGUUAUUUUCAGUGUAAAUAAAAGCAAGUGUGUGUAUGUUCAGCCUUCAUAAACUUUCAUACUAAACACAGAGCAUUGUUUCUGCCCGGUUAUCACAGUGGAAACUUUGUAUCCAAGACAGCUAAUUAAGAUGCUCCUACCUACAUUUUGGAGCAGAGUUAGGGGAGGGCCGGGAGGCACAUCAUCACACACAGUUCUCAGAGCAAACAAGUGCCUGUGUCUGUUACCCUUACAGAAGCAGGCGGGGUUUUCAUUCCCCGUCUGCCUUACCUGCCCUGCUCCCCAUCUCUGGCUAGAUGAAUGACAUCCCCUGCUGCAGGUGUAUUAGUAAUUUCUGAGUUUGUUCCCCACUAAAAAUGACCUCAUUGUUUUGUGCUUCUUUUCCAUACUUAUACAGUAACAGGAAAAUAAACCAGCUCUGAGUACA